GCUGUUGCGAUUUCGUGAAAUCGAGACCACUCGUGUGCUCUUUCUCACAUAUUUACUUUUUUGAAUGCAUGAUUGUUUUAAAGUUUCAUUUGAAUAGUUCAUUUAUGUAAUGUUUAGUUCGCCGGGUUCUAUCAUUUCUGAAGUGAAUCGUCUUGGAACUAAAUCGUGUCACUCUGUCUCCGUGAACUCAAUCGUCCCGUGCGGUGCCGUUAAUGAGUGCGAAAAUUGAGGGCUUUUGAGUCCCGUUCCGGUUUCGGGCUGUUGGUGUUCUCCAAUGAAGAUUUAAUUAUCAAUAAUUUAGCAUGCCUCUCCUCCACAAGAAACCUUUCAACCCUAAUAGGUUGCCGAAGGGCCUGAGUGACGACGAGGAAGUGUUUUUGUGCGAACUUACAUCUGAAGUGUUCAGAGAUUAUGAGGAAUUCUGUGAGAGGAUAAUUCUUUGCAAUUCAUUAGUCUGGUCCUGCUCAUUGACUGGUAAAGCCAAUCUUACGUACAAGGAAGCCAAAGCUUGCGAAGAAAAUGCCAAAAAAACUCUCAAAGAGUUCCCCAUGGAGCUUCGAAUACCUGUGUUAUACUUGGCCACUUUAACUCAGCGGUCCUCUCUGAAUGAACUUGCCGAAGAUGUAUUUAGCUACGUCAAGAACCAUUAUUUUAUUGGUGAAACUGUGGAAGUUCUUUUUCCAGAAGAUAAAUGGAUUGAAUGUCAUGUCAUUCAAGUGACUGAACCAACUGCAGAAGAGCUCUCGUCCUAUGGAGGAACCAAAAAGAUUGGAGAACGACAAUUCUGGCCACCGUGUGAGUUAUUUCACUAUGAAGUGGAGCAGCUCGACUCCUCAGGAGAGGACUCCGUCUUUGUGAUUAGUGCCUCCCAAGUCAAGAGAAGAAAAGGUGUUUACACGCGAGAUAAGAACCGACUAUACAUCAAACAAUUCUUUCAUCAAGUUGGGUCCACUUGGAAACUCAAGGAAGAAGCUCUGUCUAAGUACGGCAUAUCUCGAGUGAAAUUUGAUCAAAUAUUUGUAGGAGACCCUCCGCAAUUCUACUCCCCCAAAAAAAAGAGAACGCCAACAAAUGCAUUGAAAGCCAAUGGUAAAAAGGGUCAGGAAUCAAUUGAAAAAUACCUUUCUAAAGUUUCAAAAUUCAAUCCUGUUCCCAACUCUGGUGAACCGAAAAAGCCCAGAGAGCCCAAACAAACAGCAGAGCAGCAGCAAGCGGCUAUUGAAGAAUUGAAAAAGAAGCGUCUCGAAGAGAAAAUGAAAGCCAAAGAAAAAAAACGAGAAGAAAAAGUAAAAUUAGCCAAAUUCAUGAAAGAAUGGAACAAGCGGAGGGACGAUUUGGAACUAGAAGAUCUAAAAGAACUACCGGCGCCUCAUCCAGUCCAGUUGCGACUGCCCAAUGAAUAUUUUGGUGAUUUAAUGAUGAUUUUAGAAUUUUUAUAUGCUUUUAAUGAUACAGUUUCUGUUCGUGACUAUUUUCCUGGUGACAUCACAUUAGAGCUGGUUGAGCGAGCUCUGACUGAGAAAGAAAUCGCAGGUCCGCUGAGCGAUCUUGUUCAAAUGUUAUUGGGAACUAUUUUCACGUUACAAGAAGACGAAGAUGAUGAAGUUCAAGAAAUGGAUAAAGAAGCAAACCCUGAACCUGAUGAUCUAAAAGAGUCCAGUACAACUAUUGCGCAGGCAAUUAAAGCAGCAACAGCUGCUGCCGGCUGGAGUCAAAUGUAUCAUGGUACGCACUUAAACAAGUUAACUAUGGACCCAAAUACUCUCUCAGAGGUUUUGCGAUUGCACCUCCUUGCCUCUGGUGGUAGAGCAGGUGAAAUGAGCUCCAAAUGGCGAUAUCAGCAGAGGGGCGGUUAUAAGAGCACAGACGACCCUGGCCUGACCUUACGCAUAGAAAAGCCUCACAUCUUGCAAGCCCUUAGUCGUGUAAACAUGUGCGAACUGUCCCUGGAGGACAAAAUCACAAUUUUGAAGUGUCUCAUCGAUCAGAUUCUAACAUUCUCAGCCGUUCGGGAUAUUAUUGAUGAGAGGCUGGAUAAAAACAAGCAGAAUAAGUUAGAGUUGAAAAAUUUCCAAGCAGCGAACAUCAAGCAAGAGCGUGAAGCAGCAUUAAAAUUGAAAGCGAAAAAGGAUGCGUUGAAAAACUUGCCGGGAGAUCAACCUCUACCACCUGAAGAACCAGAAUCACCUGAAAAUUCAGAAAAGCAAGAAAAAGAGCUAGCCAAGCGCCGCCAAGAAAUCCAGAAAAAAGUUCGCGAAAUUUCGGAAGGGAAUAUGGGAUGUCAGUUGCUUCCGUUAGGUCUUGAUCGAGCCUAUCGGAGGUUUUGGCUGUUUUCUUCGGUACCAGGACUCUUUGUCGAACACAAUGAAUUAUAUGCUGGCCCUUGUUUGCCAAAAGGAACCCCUGUUCCAGAUUACAACCUGAUAAAUAAUGAAGACACAUAUACAUACAUUAGGAAGUUAUUUGAGGAAGGCAGUGACAAAGAAAACUUAGGCAACAGAGCAUCAGCCUCAGGCAGCCCUAGCAAGAAACUCCUUGUAGAAAAGAAUGGAGGUGCAGAUGAGAGCCAAAUAGGAAACGUAUCAAGAAAUGAGAAACCAUGCUGCCCCUUAACUUGCUGGGGUGACCCUGCAACCUGUCCUGUCCAUUGUCUUGCACGCCCUCCAAACCACACUUAUUGGGCAUUUUACAAAGAUGAAAAUGACAUAAAUCUACUCAUUGACACACUUAAUAAUCGAGGUUUCAGAGAGCAUGAUUUGAAGCAAGUCUUAAUGCAAGAAAAGGAGCGAAUUGUCCAAAGUAUAACAAACUGUCCAGUGAAUAAAUUAGAUUCCUCUUUAGGAACACCCAUUGUAGAACCGCGCAAGUCAUCACGCAAGAACGCCACCUACGAGAACGCCAAUUAUAACGCUCCAGAAAACACUCCCAUCGACAAGAUCAUGGAAUCGUUCUUGAGAGAUACGUUGGUUGAGAUGGAGGAAAAUAUCCACGCUGGCUGUUUAGGAUCGUUGAAAGUUCACGACCGACUCAAAUGGCGGGAUGCACUCUGCAAUGGAUCUUACGAUCAGCAGAGCGAUAGGUUAGAGUGGGGCCCAAAAACAAACCUUAAAGUCAAAACAGAGAUGGAAAUCAAAGAUGAACCAAUGGACUGGUCGCCCUCAGAGGACAUGUACUUAAAUUCUGAUGUCAAGAUGGAACGCUUAUCUGUGAUAAGAAGCCUAGCGUCAGCCAUUCUGCAGAUAGAGCAAGCGCUUGAACCGAAAUAUUUGAAAAGGCCAUUAGGAUUAGAUGAAAAAGAAAAGGAAAGACAAAAUAAGGAGAAACAAAAAGAUGGUGAACAAGACAAGGAAUCUGACGAAAAACCUAAAGAAAGCGUCAGAGAAAGAUGGGAAAUGGCACUAAUGAAUUCUACGAGCAUUUCUCAACUAUUUUUACACUUACAAUCACUAGACAAUAGUAUCCAGUGGACAAGAUCUGCAUUAAAUGCUUACUGUAGGCUGUGUCGACGAAGAGGCGAUCCAGAAAAAAUGCUUCUCUGUGAUAAGUGUGACAAAGGACAUCACAUGUAUUGCCUCAAACCUAAAUUAGUAAAAGUACCCCAAGGUGACUGGUUCUGCCCGAGGUGCAAACCCAAAGAGAAGCCACAAACCCCGGUCAAGAAAUCUCGUCGCAUUUUCGAUGAAAAUGAAACAGAUGAGGAGAUGGAUGAGGAUGAUGAAGAAGAAGAGGAGGAGGAAGAAGAAGAUGCUGGGGGUGAGGAUGAAGACUACGAAGAAGAAGUCAAACCCAAGAGGAAAAGCAUCCCUGUUGGGAAGUGUAAAGGCUGUGGAAACAAGGGUGAACUCGCUUCUUGUAGCAAGUGUUCGGCUGGCUACCACCUGAAAUGUGCUCAGCCAGUGCUUCGCAAGCACCCGACCAGCAAAUGGACGUGUCACAAGUGUAAAUCAGCCAACGCCUACAGUAAUUCAAAUUUCAAGAAAGAUGAUGUGAGCCCUUCUUCUGACGCUGAACGUGCCAGCCGCAGGCGAAGCGCAAAAGCAGCCACUGCCAAAAUCUCACACUUCGCUAAACAACUCCGUUGCAACGCUUGGGAUGGGAAUGAACCUUCUGAAAUGACCAAUGGAACAUCUUCGCGACGGAGGUCUCGGCGGUCCUAUGAGCAGGCUCCCCCCAUGUCCAAUAAUCUACCUCUAGAUAACGCCGUCCUGCAAGAGCUUUUGGAUGUCGUGAUGCAUCAUGAAGAUGCAUGGCCGUUCUUACGACCUGUCACAAAAGGAGAGGUUCCAGACUAUCACCUGAUCAUUAAAAGGCCAAUGGACUUUGGAACGAUCAAGCACAAAUUAAACAUGUUAGAGUACAGAUUAAAUUCAGAAUUGAUCUCUGACGCUCUCCUGGUUUUUGAGAAUUGCUUCUUGUACAAUGAAAGUAGCUCAGAAGUCUACCAAGCCGGUGUAAGAUUGCGGAAGUUCUUUGAUAGACUCUGCAAGGAACGGAAUCUACAUGUUCCGGAUGAUUGUCCAAAAGCCCCUCCAGCAAAAAAAGUGAAAACAGUAUACUAAAAUUCUGCUGUCACAAGUUGUAGCUAAAUCUGUAAAUAGUCCCAUCAGUUUUAUUUAUUUUCCAUGAGUCCAAAAUCAUCUUCUAUCUGUACUUUUGCAUUUGCUCUCUGUUUCUCUUCCUUUUAUGUUUUCCUUUUUUUUUUUAAUAUUUGUGAUUCCUGUUUUUAAUUUGUCGAUCAUGUACCUUAUAUUUUACUAUAAUUUUGUGUCCUUAGUCUUAUUCCUUCCUCUGAUUACUUAUUGUACUUUAGUUAUUUGUAAUAACGUGUCCCAGUUCCGUUUAUUAUUCCCUUUUCUGCCUUAAUUUUAGAAUUUUCAAUCGAAAUUGAAUCACUUGAUUCCAAAAAAAAAUGUUUUUCUUAUCACAAUGUGCAUUUAGCAUGAAUUAAUUAAUUUUUUUCUUGUUGCAUAAACAAGGAAAAACUUUUUUAAAUUAUUAGAGAAAAUCAAAAGCCAUUUUAAUGGCUGAAGUCCUAAAAUGUGUAUCUCUGAUUGCAACGUUGCAAGUUUUUGAAAGAAAAUCAUCCCACAGUUUCCCUUAGUAUUUCCUGUGAAUUUUCUUCACCCAUUCCAGAAUAUUUACUGAAUUUUUUUUUCUUUUUUUUUGCUGUUUUUCAUUCUAUUUUUUUAAAAAAAAAAAUUAAGACAAAAAUUUGAGGUUGUCACGUGUUUUGACUGGAGCCACUGUCAUUUUUUUUGGUAAUUCUUGGGGAGUGGAGUAGCAUUGAAGACCUUAUUUAUGCACGCACAAUGGCCUCAAACCCAAACUGAACUCCAAAUUUGAGUUGAGCCGAGAGAGAGAGAUUAAAGAAUAUUCAAGAAUGAAAAAGGCAUCCAUCUUAAUUUCCAGAGAUACUUUAUUUAAAAUACGAGGAAAGGCAAAAAUACCAAAAGAAAUGCUCCGACUAAUUGAAAUGGUAAUUCUGAGGAUGAUGACUAAAUUCAUAAAUUGUACCCUGGAAUCAAUGCAAAAAUAUGAUGUAAUUCAUGUCUAGCAAAUCGUGAUCUCUAGACCUGUUUGUUUACCCUCAAAAUGUUUUAUUCUUCAUUCUUGACACUGGCAAUUUGUCAUACCACUAUGUGAUUGUAUCACUGCUUUCUCCAUUUUACUAAAUUUAAAUAUAAUAUGUGAUUUUAGUACUUUAAAGUCAGUUUCGAUAUUCCGAUGGGUCCAUGAUUUUUUCCACAUUUACCUCUGGUCUAGUCUCCUCUGUUUUCCAGCUACAAAGUUCACAUUUGAAAGAUAAAGAUUCAGAAUUGUUUUCUUCCAAUGUUCCUUUGAAAUAUUUUUUGUACCACCUCAUCUUGUGAAUGUACCUCCAUAUUGGUGUUGAAUUGAAUUGAUCUGUCUUUUUGAAGAAAACAGCACAAAAAAUUAAUGGCCAAAAUUGCCCUUUUUUAUAUCUUUUGAUAGAUUGUUGACAGAGGCAUAAGUUUCUCGGGGAAGUUAAGUGCCCAAAAUAGGAGUAUGAAUUGAAUUCCCUGAAAUAUUGUAGGAACAAUCUCGAGGAAGUUCCUACUCCAGGGAAUGAGAAUGGUCCCCUUCAGAUUCAUAAUUGUCAAUUACCAAAUCGAUAAUUUUUAUUUUGAGCUCACAGAUGCCCCAAUGUUACUUUAUACCAUUUAAAAAGCACAUAUAGUCAUUCCAUAAUUUAUUGAUUUUGCUUGAUUGCAAAUGUUUGAAUAAAAAUGGGUUAUUUUUAGUCUUGGUGUAACCUUUACAGGAUCGCUUUCAAGGCACUAAAGUUUCAACAGAAGCUCUGCUUAGGUCAGGCCUUUGUUUUUCCUCCCAUCUUUUUUUAUAAAUUUUCCUUUUAUUAUCGUUCUACUUUACGAGUGUUUCUAGGUGGCCAUAGCCACUCCGGCCCAAUCCUAAAAAACUCCCCCUGAAAAGUUAAAGACAACAGGUGGCUGCCGCCUAACUAAAUAUACACAGAGAAACUCAAUCGGGCUUGCCUGCUUGGUUUGCGGUCCAUUUAGUCCUCCUGCUAGUUAAGUCUAAUUUUUAUACGAUGUACCACAAGACAAAGUGCGAAUUUAAGUAUGAUGAUGUAUGUUUUCUCAGACUCCAACUUAUGUAACAAAAAUUAUUGGAAGUAUUUCCUAACUAAGAUAUGUGUUUUUCAAUACAAAAAUUCAAACUUCCUGCUCAUGAACAUAGACUCUAAUUGUCCUUGUGAUCAGAAAAUUCAAUUUUUUGUUACUAGGGCCGAAUGAAAACUUCAAUUUCUUGUUCCAUUGUUAAUUUCUGUAAUUUUUGUUGCGUGAAUAAUUUUUAAUGAAACUUUGAGGAGGAAACAUGUAUUAGAAUAUUUCAAUUCGAACCUUGUCUAGAGAACCAUUGCUGUGCAAUUUCGAUCAUGAAUCCUGACUUCUUUAAAAUUCCUGUUUUCAAGAAGUCUGUUGAAAUCGGCCAUUAGUUAUUAUUUAUUUAUUAGUUUGUUGAUUAAUUCAUUGUUUUACAAUCAGAUAUUUCACCAAAGUUGUUUCGGUAGUUUUCACCCAUUGUUGAUUGUUGUCUUUUCUAAUUUUCAGCCGUUUCCGGCAACUAUCUACACCUCAAUCAUUUCCUUUACGGACUCUCUAAGAGUAUUAUGAAGAUAAAUUUGCUUGGUCGUUGCAAAAAGUACAAUUUACCUUUGCUUUACAUCUUGAUUCAAACAGUUAUAAAAAAUCGCCCUAAAAGUAUAUUAGAAUCGUAGAAAGUUAUUAUACCACCUUGUUUGCCGUACAAAAUUGCUGAAUUUUAAAAGCUAGGUCAUAACUUUAGCUCAUUGUUCAAUCUUCGAAAACGGGCACCCUGAAGAAUUAUAAAGAAGCUAUCUAUUUUUUUUUUUCAAUCUUCAUCUUCCUGUGAAUGCAAAUGUAGCAUUAAGCACCAGUAUAAUGAAAAUUAUAGAAAAUGUCUUUCCAAUUCUAAGCACAUCAUUUGCAGAUUGAUAUUAAAAUACUUAUUCCAGUUCAACUUUGAUUAUUGCUUUUCUAACUUGGGCUUUUUUUUUGUUCAAAAAGCCUGAAGAGCAUUUGUGGUCAUUCUCCAGUAAAGGUUGUCUGUUAACGAGUUUUAUCACUAAGCAAAUCGUCUCUGUGAACUGGUUUCAACUUGAUCUGUAUUCAGAAAUCAGCCUUAAUUUUUGAAAUUUACUGCAGCCUUGGGUGAUUCAGUACCGCUGCAAGUACAAUACAUCCAGAAGGCUGUUGUCGCAUGCCACAAACUGUUCCGUCCCUGCUAGAUGCAAGCUGAGAGGUCAACAUUUUUUCGUUGAAGAACAAGGGGUUUUGAACCAUCAGCAAUAACCACAGAACCCCCCCCCCCCCCCAUUGCAUGAAUUUUUGCGAUUUUAAAAGCAAGAACUAAGAUUCCAGCUGUAAAUACAGAUUGAAAGUAUUUACCCUGAUUGUAGAAUUUACGGUACAAAGAGAUAGUAUGUUCUUUCUUACAGUAAAAUUUGAACUGUUCUGACUUCUGUUCUAUCUGUACAUAUGCAUGUGCCAGAAGUAUCAAAGAAUGACAACUGAAGACUGGAACAUAUGAUCCUAUUGAAUUCGUCCGAAAAGAGUUUUUUUUUUUCUCUCUCUAAGGCAAAUAGCGCAGGAAGCUUUUUUUGCACAAAAAAUACAACUAACAAGCUUUAGCAUUCUUAAUUUUAUUCCUAAACAUUGCCAAGCACAUUCAGAAUCUGUUAUCUUUUGUUGAUCAGUCAAAUGAAUCCAAUAGAUUUUUUAAUUAUUUUCAAGCAUUGUUCUGUUUUAUUUUAAAAUACAGUAUUAGUAAAAAUUAAUUUAAUGGAAAUGAAAAGUUUUAAGAAUUGAUUUUGAAAUCCUCAACGGCAAAAUCAGAGAAAACAAUCCAAUGUUGGAAUGUAAAAAUCAUUGUAGUCUAUGCUACUGACGAAGGAUGGUAAACUGAAAUAAUAUUGUACAAUUUAGAAUAGCUUUUAGUUUUAUUUGCAUAAUAAACUAGUUUACUAGUUUUUUA